GCACCAUGACCGUCAGCAUGUUCAAGCGCUUUGUGGAGCCUGGCCGAUUGGCCCUGAUCACCUUUGGCCCCUGCACGGGCAAGAUGUGCACCAUCGUUGAUAUCGUGGACCAGAAGCGAGUGGUUGUGGAUGGCCCUGAGAGCGUCACGGGCGUGCGACGUCACAUGAUGCCCAUCAAGCGAUUGAGCUUGACGGAUUUCUGCAUGAAGACGGUGAAGCGCGGCUGCAAAGAGAAGACCCUGAAGAAGGCCUUGACCGAGGGCGGAAUCAUGGAGAAGUGGCAGGCUACUAGCUGGGCGAAGAAGCUUAAGACCCAGGAGACACGCAAGAACAUGACGGACUUUGACCGCUUUAAGGUGAAGUGCGCCAAGCAGAAGCGCUCCAAGGAGGUGAAGAAGGCCCUGAAGAAGUGA